AUGGUACGAUGGAGUAUGGACUUCUACUCGUUCAUGAGGAAACGCUAUCAUGACUUGCCCAUAUACACUCUGAGGAUCCCCGGUGCUCGGAUUUAUGUCAUCAACUCCCUGGAUUUUAUCCCGGUGGUGCAGCGUCAAUGGCGUACCUUAAUAUUUGCACCCAUCCAGGUCAAAGCAGCGCAGGCGGCCAUGGGCGUAAGCAAAGACUCAAUCGCCAUCAUGGAACGUGACAUGGUCACCGAGUCCGGCUUCGUCAACGGGCCAGAUGCACCGACGACUAUGUCCAUGUUCGCGUGGAUCGACACACUAAUCAUGCAUGCUACUACGGAUGCCGUGUAUGGACCAUCUAAUCCGAUGCGAAAUGCCUCAAAUAUCGAGGACUGGCACAAAUAUCAUCCAGCCCUUAUGUUUCUCAUGUUAGACAUUUUCCCACAAAAUGUCUUCUUCAGAGGGGCAAUACAGAGCCGCGACAAUCUUGUCAAAGGCUUCGCAAAGUAUUAUGAAGACGGUAGCUAUAAGCAAGGAUCUGCUUAUAUCCAACAGUUCACCAAACACUGUAUUGACCAGAAGAUACCCGAAAUCGAUAUCCCACGCCUACUAUUAGGCACUGUUUUCAAUAACAUCGCCAACACCUCUCCAUCUGCAUUUUGGGUGAUUUACCACGUCUUCAGCGACCCAGUUGUCUUGCAAGAGUGUCGCGAUGAAGUAAAGCAAGCUGUCCAGGAUGACCCGGACGGGACUUCCACAAUCCAUCUCAGCUUCGUUCUCAACUCAUAUCCGGUCCUUCUUUCCACAUACAACGAAGUUUUCCGCUAUCACGGCAUGGCCAACUCGGUGCGCGUCGUGUCGGAAGAUCAUAUGCUGGAUAAUAGGUACCUGCUUAAGAAAGGUGGUCUUGUCAUGCUUUCCGCCAGAGUUCAGCACAAAAACCCGGCCGUUUGGGGAGAGAACCGUAUUAACGCCGUUGCCUUCCGUGGAUUUGGCGGGGGAACGACGCUUUGCCCUGGACGUCACUUUGCCACAAGCGAGAUCUUAUUAUUGACUACCAUGUUGCUACUUCGGUUUGAUAUCCAACCGGCUGAUGGGAAGCCUUGGGUGCUCCCGUCGACCGCCAAGUCAUCUCAAGCAGAGGCCAUGGAGCAGCCCGACGACGAUAUCAGUAUUAAACUUAUACCCCGUCCCGAGGCGAGCGGUCGAACGUGGCGCGUCUCAUUCUCGGGACAACAGGGUGCCGAAUAA